AUGUGGGGGGAUUCCCGGUUAACGGCGGAGGGAUCCCCGGUUAACGGGGGCGCCGCGCCGCCGUUCCUCUGCGCGGGGGCUCCCCGGGGUCCCGGGGGCGGAGCCGUUCCGGUGCCGGGGGAGAGGUCCCGGCCCAGGGGGAGGCGCCGAGCCGGGCGCGGGGGCGGCACCGGCGGCGGCACCGGGAGGUUUUCCUUCCCCCGGCUCCUUCCAGCCGCGGGGCCAUGCGGAGCCCGGCACCGGGAGGAGCCGCUGCCGGUACCGCGGAUCGCUGAGGAGCGACCCCGGCACCGGCACCGGGGGUGGGGGGGCUCCGGACCCGCUCCGGUACCGUCCCCGUUAGCGGGCGGCCGCGGCACCGGCGGCACCCCGCGCGCCCGGCUCCCCCGGUGCCGGCGGGGAUGGAGCCGGUGCCGGUGCCCCGGGAGGGCCCGCGCCCCCCGCAGCACCUCUGGCGCCAGCCCCGCACCCCGAUCCGCAUCCGCCACCGCGGCUUCUCCGACACCGAGCGGCACCGGGCGCGGCCCAUGGAGCGGGCGGACGCCGUGGACACCGGGGACACCGGGGGGCACCGGGGGCACCGGGGGCCGGCCCGGGCUGCGCAGCGCCCGCCUGUCCUGGCCCUCCUCCCUCCGCGGCACCGGCGGGCGCUCGGAGGGCGAGAAUGGCGCCUGGGGGGGGGCCCCGAGCCCCCCGGAGCCGCCCCCCAGCCCGGGCCGGGGGCUCGCCCCCCAGGACCCCCCCCGGGCCCCCCGCGAGUCCUUCCUGUACCGCUCGGACAGCGAGCGCGACCCCUCCCCCCGCAGCGUGUCCCGCGCCUCCUCCGAGGCCAGCGAGGGCCACGACGAGGAUUUGAUCGUCACCCCCUUCGCUCAGGUCCUGGCCAGUCUCCGCAGUGUUCGCUGCAGCCUCUGGGCGCUGAGCAACGGCCCCGCCCCCCCGGGCAGCGCGUGCGGUGCUCGCCCCCCGGCUCGCAGCCCCCCCCCUGCAGGGGGUGCAGAUGUCCCUGUCCUGGCCCGGGGGGCCCUGCAGGAGCUGGACUGGUGCCUGGAGCAGCUGCAGACGCUGCAGACGCACCGGGCGGUCAGCGAGAUGGCCUCCAACAAGUUCAAGCGGCUGCUGAGCCGGGAGCUGUCCCAGCUGUCCGGGAUGAGCCGCUCGGGGAACCAGGUGUCCGAGUUCAUCGCCAGCACCUUCCUGGACAAGCAGCCCGAGGUGGAGAUCCCCAGCCCCGGCCCCCCCGGGGGGGAGGCGGUGCCGGCCCCCCCCCCGGGCGGGCGGGGGGGGCGGGGCGGGGGCGGCCCCCCCCCGGCUGCGACCCCCGGCCCCCCCCACCGCUACGGCGUGGAGACCGACAGGGAGGAGCAGCUGGGCAAGGAGCUGCAGAGCCUCAGCCAGUGGGGGCUGAACAUUUUCCGGGUGUCCGAGUUCUCCAACGGCCGCUCGCUGAGCUGCGUCAUGUUCACCAUCUUCCAGGAGCGGGAGCUGGCGCGCACCUUCGCCAUCCCCGCGCGGGCGCUGCUGGGCUACGCGCGGGCGCUGGAGCUGCACUACCACCCCGACGUGGCGUACCACAACAGCCUGCACGCCGCCGACGUGCUGCAGUCCACGCACGUGCUGCUGGCCACCCCCGCCCUCGAGGACGUCUUCACCGACCUGGAGGUCCUGGCCGCUCUCUUCGCCGCCGCCAUCCACGACGUCGACCACCCCGGGGUGUCCAACCAGUUCCUCAUCAACACCAACUCGGAGCUGGCGCUGCUCUACAACGACGAGUCGGUGCUGGAGAAUCAUCACCUGGCCGUGGGCUUCAGGCUGCUGCAGGAGGAGAACUGCGACAUCUUCCAGAGCCUGUCCCGGCGGGAGCGGCAGGCGCUGCGCCAGAUGGUCAUCGACAUGGUGCUGGCCACGGACAUGUCCAAGCACAUGAGCCUCCUGGCUGACCUCAAGACCAUGGUGGAGACCAAGAAGGUGACGAGCUCGGGGGUGCUGCUGCUGGACAACUACACCGACCGCAUGCAGGUGCUGCGGACCAUGGUGCACUGCGCCGACCUGAGCAACCCCACGAAGCCGCUGGGGCUGUACCGGCAGUGGACGGCGCGGAUCAUGGAGGAGUUCUUCAGGCAGGGGGACCGGGAGCGCGAGCGGGGCAUGGAGAUCAGCCCCAUGUGCGACCGGCACAGCGCCUCCGUGGACAGCUCCCAGGUUGGCUUCAUCGAUUUCGUGGUGCAGCCGCUGUGGGAGGCCUGGGCCGAGCUCGUGCACCCGGACGCGCUCGUGCACCCGGACGCGCGGGAGAUGCUGCGGGCGCUGCGCCGCAACCGCGAGUGGUUCCGCAGCCGCGCCGGCACCGGCACCGGGACAGACACCGGGACAGACACCGGGACAGACACCGGGACCGGGACAGACACCGGGACAGACACCGGGACAGACACCGGGACCGGGACAGACAGCGGGACAGACACCGGGACAGACACCGGGACCGGGACAGACACCGGCACCGGGACAGACACCAGGACAGACACCGGGACAGACACCGGGACAGACACCGGCACCGGGACAGACACCGGACAGACACCGGGACAGACACCGGGACCGGGACAGACACCGGGACCGGGACAGACAGCGGGACAGGCACCGGGAACCCCCCCAGUUCUGCUUUGA